AUGGAGGCGGUCUCUGGAGGCACCUCGCUGGACUGCUUGUGUUUCGCAGACGAGGCAAGCCCGCGGUCCCUAGAGAAGCAGCCUAAACCACGCAGGACCACACAGCCCCCUUCUGGCUCCCUGCACCCUCAGCAGAGUCGGCCUGUGGCCCUGAGCUUGUCUGGGGACACCAUCUCCCAGCGGAUGUGCUCGGAGCAGCGUCUGGUGUUGCACCUGUACUGUGACACCUGCUCAGUGCCCAUCUGUCGUGAGUGCACGAUGGGCCGGCACGGCGGCCACAGCUUCAUCUACCUCCAGGAGGCGCUGCAGGACUCCAGGGCACUUACCAUCCAGCUGCUGGCCGACGCACAGCAGGGCCGCCAGGCCAUCCAGCUGAGCAUCGAGCAGGCCCAGACGGUGGCGGAACAGGUGGAGAUGAAGGCCAAGGUGGUACAGUCGGAGGUCAAAGCCGUGACUGCGCGGCACAAGAAGGCCCUGGAGGAACGGGAGUGUGAGCUGCUGUGGAAGGUGGAGAAGAUCCGCCAGGUGAAAGCCAAGUCCCUGUACCUGCAGGUGGAGAAGCUGCGACAGAGCCUCAACAAGCUGGAGAGCACCAUCAGCGCUGUGCAGCAGGUCCUGGAGGAGGGGCGGGCGCUGGACGUCCUGCUGGCCCGGGACCGCAUGCUGGCCCAGGUGCAGGAGCUGAAGACCGUGCGCGGCUUCCUGCAGCCCCAGGAGGACGACCGGGUCAUGUUCACGCCCCCCGACCAGGCCCUGUACCUGGCCAUCAAGUCCUUCGGCUUCGUCAGCAGCGGGGCCUUCGCGCCCCUCACCAAGGCCACGGGCGACGGCCUCAAGAGGGCGCUCCAGGGCAAGGUGGCCUCCUUCACCGUCGUCGGCUACGACCACGACGGGGAGCCUCGCCUCUCGGGGGGCGACCUGAUGUCGGCCGUGGUCCUGGGCCCCGACGGCAACCUGUUCGGUGCCGAGGUGAGCGACCAGCAGAACGGGACGUACGUGGUGAGCUACCGGCCGCAGCUGGAGGGCGAGCACCUCGUGUCGGUCACCAUGUGCAACCAGCACAUCGAGAACAGCCCCUUCAAGGUGGUGGUCAAGUCGGGCCGCAGCUACGUGGGCAUCGGGCUCCCGGGCCUGAGCUUCGGCAGCGAGGGCGACGGCGACGGCAAGCUGUGCCGCCCCUGGGGCGUGAGCGUGGACAAGGAGGGCUACAUCGUCGUGGCCGACCGCAGCAACAACCGCAUCCAGGUGUUCAAGCCGUGCGGGGCCUUCCACCACAAGUUCGGCACCCUGGGCUCCCGGCCCGGGCAGUUCGACCGGCCGGCCGGCGUGGCCUGCGACGCCUCCCGCAGGAUCGUGGUGGCCGACAAGGACAAUCAUCGCAUUCAGGUCUUCACGUUCGAGGGCCAGUUCCUGCUCAAGUUCGGCGAGAAGGGAACCAAGAACGGGCAGUUCAACUACCCUUGGGACGUGGCGGUGAACGCGGAGGGCAAGAUCCUGGUCUCAGACACCCGGAACCACCGGAUCCAGCUGUUCGGGCCCGACGGCGUCUUCCUGAAUAAGUACGGCUUCGAGGGGGCUCUCUGGAAGCACUUUGACUCCCCCCGGGGCGUGGCCUUCAACCACGAGGGCCACUUGGUGGUGACCGACUUCAACAACCACCGGCUCCUGGUCAUCCACCCCGACUGCCAGUCCGCGCGCUUCCUGGGCUCCGAGGGCACGGGCAACGGGCAGUUCCUGCGCCCGCAGGGUGUGGCCGUGGACCAGGAGGGGCGCAUCAUCGUGGCCGACUCCAGGAACCACCGGGUGCAGAUGUUCGAGUCCAACGGCAGCUUCCUGUGCAAGUUUGGCGCCCAGGGCAGCGGCUUCGGGCAGAUGGACCGCCCCUCCGGCAUCGCCGUCACCCCCGACGGGAUGAUCGUGGUGGUGGACUUUGGCAACAAUCGGAUCCUCAUCUUCUAA